CAGUCGCAGUGAGGCGGAGCAGGUUGGCAGGUUCCCGGCGCUGAUUGGACGGGAGUCGGGGGCGGGGGGCAUGCCGGAAGUGACGCCAUGCCGCUCGGCGAGCGCGCUCUCUCUCAGCGGGGGGAUGCUGCUUCGCGUCGCGCUGCGUGCGGCUCUCUCGCUGUUACCGAGGGGUGGACGGUGCCGAGCGCUGGUCCCCUCCGCCCCGCCGGCCGGGCGGUGGCCGCGGGGAGCCGAGCCCCGUGGCUGGCAGGUCUGGGCCGGAUGUCCGGCCGCUGCCCAGAUCGGCCUGCGCCUUCACUCCGCUGAGUGCUGGCGCUGCGGAGCUGCCCCCGAGCCACUGGCUUUCUUCUGCCCGUCCUGCCGGGCGCUGCAACCCCCGGACCGGCGGCUGGACUACUUCCAGUUGCUGGGCCUGCCGCGCCGCUAUCGGCUGAACACCGAGCGGCUGCAAGAAUCGCACCGGCGGCUCCUGCGCGCCCUGCAUCCGGACAACUUCGGGCAGAGCACCGAGGCCGAGCGCCGGUACUCGGAGGAGCAGUCGGCGCUGGUCAACGAGGCCUACGCCGCCCUGCUCCGGCCUCUGUCCCGAGGUCUCUACCUACUCCAGCUAGAGUUGCCCGACGAGCCUGUGGCGGCGGAGGACGAGGCCAACGCCGACCCCGCCUUCCUGAGCACCGUGUUGGAGCUCAACGAGCGGCUGGCUGAGGCUGAGACUCAGGCCGACAUCCGCCGUGUGGCCGUCUCGGUGGAAGAGCGGCUGCUGGAGCUGGACGCGCAGGUGAUGCGGGCUUUCGAGCAGAGUCGCCCGCGGGACGCCCGCCCGCUGCUGCAGCAGAUGAAGUACUGGAACAGUAUCGGAGACAGAGUGAAGGAGCGACUGCUGCCCCGCUGA